AAGGAAGGAAACACAGAGGAGCAGAGAGAUUUAAGGAAGCAGUGAGUGUACAAAUCUCACAGUCCAACCACUGAUCACAACAUCCAGACACAGAUUUCAAGAUGAAGUUUUUGCUGCUCUUGGUGAUGCUGACAGCGUGUGAUGCAAGUCCGCAAGAUCUGUCAGGUAAAAUGUUCACCUUCCCGCAACAAACCAACACAGCGCGUGUGCAAAUUACUACACCAACAAAUGAGUUCAAUGCUGUAACUGUGUGUCACAGGUCCUUUACAGACCUCAAAAGAGACCACAUCCUUUUCUCUCUGGCCACACCCACGAAUUCCAAUGCCUUCCUGAUUUUCUGGGAUGAAACAAACAAGGAGAUCGAGCCCCACAUCAAGGAUAAAAAGUCAGAAUAUGGAGGGCAGGACUACAAGCCGAACAUGUGGCACUCUGUUUGUACCACAUGGGACUCUACGAGUGGACUGACACAGGUGUGGUUCGAUGGACAACCAACGAUUAGGAAAUUCGUCAGCUCUGGAACAAGCAUCAGAGGAUCCACUAUAAUCAUCUUAGGACAGGAGCAGGAUUCCCACGGUGGGGGGUUUGACUUGAAGCAGUCUUUCGUUGGUAUGAUGUCUGACGUCCACAUGUGGGACUACGUCCUCUCCUCCUGUGAGAUUCAGAAGUACAUGGAUGAACUCAACUUCACUCCAGGGAAUGUCGUCAACUGGAGUGCGCUGGAGUACCAGAUCACCGACAGGGUGCUGGUAGAAAAUAAACAAACGACCUGUUACUAAACUUGAAAACAAAACUAUCACCGUCUUAUCGCUGUCUUGUGAAACUGAAAUCUGGUUUUCUGUAAUAAAAAGGCUAUCAUUUAAUCAUGCCAA